AUGGAUCCGAAAUCAUCUACUGAACAAAUAACAUUACCCGCCCAAGCCACCGAAGACUGGAAGACACGCGCUGAGAAAAAGCGGGAAAAUCGAUUCGGUUCAAUCCCAUUAGACUGGCGCAUUUCCAUUCCCGAGGACAGAUUCCACGUUCUGGAAGUACCUUAUGAAUGCGGUCUCCUUGACCCUCUCGAGGGACCUGGUCGAGCGUUCAGGUCACUCGAGCGUUUUAUAAAAGGGCGAUGGUGGCGCAUCAAACGGCGAGUUUUAUCCUCUGACUUUGGGCUAUUCCUAAUCGAGUGUUUAUUUGCAAAGACAAAUUGCUUGACGGAGAUAUUCGUGCAACGUGCGUUGGCCAGGGCCGAGGAGAUGGACCGGUAUUUGAAGGAACACGGGAAACCAAAAGGGCCGUUACAUGGACUUCCGAUUAGCUUGAAGGAUCAGUUUACCAUGAAAGGACUAGAAACCAUUAAUGGAUAUGUUGCCAAUAUUGGAGAGUUUGCGACCGAAGACUGCGUAUUGGUGGAGAUCCUUUACGAGCUCGGAGCGGUACCAUUUGCUAGGACAAAUGUCCCGCAGACUUUGAUGUGGGGAGAGACCUAUAAUAAUGUGUUCGGUCGAACACUCAACCCAUACGACCUCCGUUUAACCUCUGGUGGUUCAUCGGGAGGCGAGGGUGCUUUGAUAGCAAUGCACGGGAGCCCUCUAGGAGUAGGCACCGAUAUCGGAGGAUCGAUACGUAUUCCAUCCGCCAUGUGUGGACUCUAUGGACUUCGCCCAUCGUAUUGUCGUUUUCCCUACUAUGGAGCGAAGAAUACAAUGGAAGGCCAAGAAAGUGUCAUGAGCGUUUUAGGACCAAUGUCAAAUUCUUUAUCCGGGUUAAAGAUAUUUUCCAAGGCAAUCAUUGAUUCGCGACCCUGGUUGCGAGACCCCUUGUGCAUCCGAAAGGCCUGGGAUCAAGAAGCUUACGAACUUGUUGAGCAUGGUGGUCCUGGGGCUAAGAAAUGUUUUGCAAUGUUAUAUGAUGAUGGACUUGUGAAGCCUCAUCCUCCAUUAUUCCGAGCUAUGGAGAUGAUGAAAAACGCACUUUUAGCAGCUGGUCACGAAGUGAUCGAAUGGGAGAAUAAAAGGCACGAAGAUAUAUUUUAUAAUGUAGAAAAACAAAUCUUUCUUGCGGACGGAGACGAAGAUUUCAAACAUGAAUGCGCAAAGAGUGGGGAGCCGCGCAUUCAGACGAUGGAUCCAGAAUUGUACUCGCACGAACUGCACAAUCCGGAAACAAACAAGGGUGUACACAUUAUUGAACCACUGAGUGUUUGGCAGCUCUGGCAACUUCAUAAAGAGAAACGCGAGCUCAGAAAAGAAUAUUUGGACCAUUGGCAGGCUACUGUCUCUAGAACGACAACAGGUCGACCAGUAGAUGCUGUAAUUUCUCCGGCCGUACCAUACGCAGCUACGCCCCAUGGGAGAAACUCAUCACCAUUCUACACUUCUCUUUGGAAUGGUGUUGAUUAUACUGUGGGGAUCAUGCCCGUGACUUUUGUAGAUCCCGCUGUUGACAAACCUGUGCCGGCACACGACUUUUAUAGCGAUGAAGACAGGGAGAUUUAUCACAUGUAUGAUCCCGAGGUGUUCAAAGGUGCGCCAAUCGGACUUCAGGUGGUGGGACAAAGACUAGAGGAAGAGGCGGUUCUUGUGACACGGUUCCAGACGAUGAAUAAACGACCCAAUCCAUUUAUGCCCAAUCCGUAUCCCCCACAGCCGCCUCUUCCAGCUGGUCCACCGCCGCCAGGCCCUCCUCAACAGACCCAACAGUAUGAUUAUACCGCGUACUGGGCCGCGGCUGCUGCAGCUGCUCAACAAAACCAGACUGGCGCUCAGGCCACGCCUCAAUGGGCUCCUCCAACCGUAGGCACACAGCCACCACAGCCCCCUCCACGUACCCAGGAGCAAAAUGCAUUAUACGCGAAUUACGGCUAUGGAGGAGCGGCGGGACAACAACAAGCAUUGCUCGCUGCCCAACAACAGCAACAACAGCAACGACCAGCAGCCCCUUACUGGACGCCGCCGCCUGGCUAUCCUGCUGUAGCAACUAGUGCACCUUAUCCCUAUCCCCAGCAGCCUCCGACAGCUUAUCAGCCUCAGCCAGCUCCACCUGCGAUACCCUAUACUCCCCAGGCCCCGCCGAUGCCCAUGUAUCAACACCAGCAUCAGCACCAGCACCAGCACCAGCAUCAACCUCCCCACCCACCCCAGGUCGCUCCACCUCCGCCUCCACCCCAGCCUCAGCGGAGGUUCCAACCUCCGCAGCAGCCUCAACAACAACAACAGCAACCACACCACCUCCCUGCGCCUCCCGCCAAAAGGCCCCGCUUCGAUUCCGGACCGGCCAAUAAUAAUAACAACAAUAACUCAAACUGGCGUAACAAUAACAAUAACAACUCGAACAAUUCGAACUCGAACGGGAUUCCCACCGCACCUGCGCAACAUGGCAACUUCCCUGUUCAACAGCCCGGGUUUGAGCGUUUUUCGCAUGGAAAUCGCGGCGGACGGGGAGGUGGGAUGAUUUCAUCCAGUAACAAUCGUGGACGAGGAUUUAAUCGCGGUAACUUUGGUCGACAUGGUCACGGGCAUGGCAACAGUAAUCCUCCUCGUGGCCCCAGCGGGUACCGGAACCCUGGCCCGAGUGGCGCUCCUUACGGCCCACGGCACGGACUACCGGCCAACCCGGCCAAACGCGAGCGAGAGGCCAAGCGUGAGAGGGAGAGAGAUCGAGAGGGCAGUUAUGCGGAAAGCGAGGGCGCCGGUGUGGAGCGCCAUGGUGGAAAGCGGACGUUGACGGACUUUAGGAUCGUUGGGGUUGAAUGUGGGGCAAUUGGUUGGGAAUGGGGCGUGCUUGGUCGGGUCAAGGAGGAAAAGGAAAAGGAUGAAAAGCCCGAAGAGGAAAAAGAGAAGCCCAAAGCUGGCGAGGAGGCGAAGGUCAAGGAUGAACCCCCCGCGUCGCCAGUGAAACUUCCUGGAAAAGCUCCACAGCCUGCGCCCUCGAGGUUGCGCAUCUACUUCCACUCGGCAUCCGACCCAGAGGCCGAUGCACUCCCCCGCAAAAGAAAAAAGGAUGCGGAUGAUGAGGAUGAGGAUGGAGGAGCUAGGAAGAAAGUUCAAGGUGGCGAGGAUACCCGUACCCGAACCAAAGAACUCGAAAAGGUUAUCGAAAAAGACGACCAUGCGGAGACCGCACUUGAAACACACCAAGAUGAUGAUUCCGAAGAUAAACACGAGGAUCCGGGAGAAGAGCAGGAUGCUGAUGGAGAGGAUGAUUUGGAACAUCCACCGAAACCUGACCAGGAUGCCCAAGAUCCCCACUUCUCCGAGAGAGCCGGGUCUCCCGACGAACACGAUGCAGUCUCGCAUAAGCCUCCACCGACUCCAACUCCUGGCGAAUCCACCCCUGUUGAUACAGCCCAACUUGACGCGACCGAGGCGCCGCCAGUGGAAGGGCAGGCUCCUGUUGAGCACUACUCCGGUGAAGCACCUACCGAGGUCGAGUCGGCUGCCCCGAACGACGAGUCGCAUCCCAAUACAGACCCCACCCACCCGAUACCGGAAGAGCUCACAGAAUCCCGAGACUCGACUGCUCCCUCUACUACCCACGAAAAUGUUGUGUCCUCGGACGCUGGCGACGUCUCACUCGUCGAGGACUCCCUCAUCGAAUCCCACGGACUGGACCCUGACUCUGAAGCCCACGAUGCAGCCGAUAUCUCUGGCUCGACUAUCGGGGACGAACCUAUCGCUUUUCCUUCACUCGACAGUCCCAACGUUUCAAAAUCCCAGCCUUUACCCCCAGUACCCGAUCGUUCGGCAAACCGAAUUUCGAUCAGCUAUGCAAACAGUACCCGUCGUCUUGUUAUUGAUGCGGACGUAGUGAAGAAAGUGAGGAUUGUACGCGCCAAAGCUAGAGUGGAAAUCUCUUUGGCUGUCGAACUCGUAAAAUCUGAACUGGUCACGGAGCAUACAGAGGAAAGCAAGGACGGAAACCAGGCCGAGGUGGGAGAAAAAGAGAACGGAGUCGACGUCAAGGAGAAUGGUAAGGACGAAAAGCUGGUACUUGGCGAGCACGAUCGCUUCCGUGGUGUUUUGGUCGAAGUUUACAACGAAUCGACCCAACGUUACGAGCUUAUUACACCCUACGCUGCCACGCAAGGAGAUGACCUCACAAUCCCUGAUCUCUCCAAAAUUGGCCGCUCUCCAUCUGAAAUUACCAUUGUUGUUCACCUCGACCGCGACAAGCCUUUAACCGAGACAAAAUGGGUCAAGACUGGUGACUUGGACGAGUGGCUCAGCAACGAAUUUGGCCCGCUUCGACCCGACCCAUCUGGACGCGCAAACUGGUCCGGCAAAAUCGAGGUUGCCGAUCCUGAUCCGGCUCCAACUAUUACGACCCUCAUGGAGGCGUGGUGCGGCCAUACCAUGGUUGGCCAACCCAAAGAACGCCGACGGUUCGUGAGACAACACAUGUCCAACAUUGAUCACGUUCUCGAAAUCCUGCUUCGCCUGGUUCGAGGAGAACGCGCCACAGCUGGUGGAGGUGGCGGUGGAGGGCAACAUGACAGAGGACAGCAACAAACACAUGUGAGUCUCGCUGUGCUCGCGAUUUUCCGGGUUGCAACGGAUUAUGGUGCUCGCGCGGGGAUCGAGCGCCAGGUGGUGGAAGAGCGCAUAAGUGAGAUUGUGCGCUCUUUGCCGACGCACCUGGUCUAUAAGAGUUUGGAUGGGAUGUUUAGAGAAUGGAGCUUUGGUCAGAAAAAGGGAGAAAAGGGCGGGGCGAAGGACAAGUCCUAG